CCCAGUUGAUAUUGAUACACCAACACCUAAGAGGUGGAUAACGAUCUCUCAUGAAUUGGAUGACAAACAUAUACCGUGAUGUAACACUAUAACUAGUUACAUUACACGUUUUUGCCUCAUUUGAUGUAAAGAAUAAAAAAAUCUAGUAUUGCGAAAACAAACAUUUAAUUGACCGCUAUCCCCUAACCAUAAACGUUUGCACAAAAAGAUUACUACUACUGCUAUGUAAAUGUCGAAGAGAAAAAAAAAAAAAAGUCUGCCUCAAAAAGGUAAAAACAUAUGCGUAAACACGAAGGUAUGAAAAUGCCAUUACUAUGAUCAUUAUCAAUUUCUCCUGUCAAUUUCUUCAAAAUAGCAUAAAAUAAUUUAGUGAUCAUUUUCCGGCAAGUCCACUUCUCAGCUCUCCUCGCCGUAUACUCCAUCGUGUCGUGGUGGUCACCAGCGGCUGAGCAGCCAUCAGUUGAGCUCCUCCUCAUCCACCGCCAUCAAAUCAUCAUGAGCAGAACGGAAAUAUCCACCGACCACGGCGGAGACCGACCGACAAGGCUAUUUGAUGAUGGUGAUGAUGAGUUGGGAGGCGGGAACAGGAUGGAAGCCGAAUCAGAUUGGGCGAUGGCGCAGAGGAAAGGAAAUCAGUUCCUCGUGAAUGGACAACCUUUCUAUGUCAAUGGAUUCAAUACCUACUGGCUCAUGGUAUUUGCUGCUGAUCAGUCCACCAGGGGAAAGGUUACUGAGUUAUUCCAGCAGGCGUCGUCAGUAGGUCUCACCGUGUGUAGGACAUGGGCGUUCAAUGAUGGCCAGUGGCGCGCUCUUCAGAAAUCGCCAUCUGUUUAUGAUGAAAUAGUUUUUCAGGCCUUGGAUUUCGUCGUGAGCGAAGCAAGGAAGUUCAAGAUCAGGUUGAUAUUGCCAUUGGUGAACAACUGGGAUGCUUAUGGAGGCAAAAAACAGUAUGUGCAAUGGGGUAAAGAUGCUGGAAUAACCAACCUCACUUCUGAUGAUGAUUUUUUCUCCCAUCCAACUAUCAGAGCCUACUAUAAGGCUCAUGUUAAGACGGUUCUUAACAGAGUUAAUACUAUCAAUAACAUAGUUUACAAGGAUGAUCCAACAAUAUUUGCUUGGGAACUUAUGAACGAGCCGAGAUGUGAAUCAGAUCCUUCCGGGGACAAACUCCAGGCUUGGUUUGAGGAAAUGGCUGUCUAUGUUAAGAGCAUUGAUCCAAAACAUCUACUGAAUAUCGGCGUGGAAGGUUUUUACGGCCCCUCCACGCCUAAUAGGUUUCAAUACAACCCGAACACUUACUCACAACAAGUUGGCACAGAUUUCAUUAGAAACCAUCAAAUUCUUGGGGUUGAUUUUGCUUCUGUACACAUCUAUCCUGAUGGCUGGAUUUCGUCCAAUAUCUCUGUUGCACAUCUCGAGUUUACUAAGUCAUGGAUGCAAAUCCACAUUGAUGAUGCUGAAAACUACCUCGGGAUGCCUGUCCUGUUUUCUGAGUUUGGCGUAUCAUCCAAAGAUCCAGGCUACAAUUCCUCAUACCGCGAUACCCUCAUGAGCACCGUGUACCAAAAGCUCUUGAACUCCACAAAGAAAGGCGGUGGUGGAAGCGGAAGCCUGUUUUGGCAGCUGUUUCCUGAAGGGACAGAGUACAUGGACGAUGGACUCGCUAUUGUGCUUUCCAAGUCGCCUUCGACAGCCAAUAUCAUAAAUCUUCAGUCUAAAAGGCUCGAUGCCUUCAAUUCCCUGUGUUCUUGGAAAUGCCGCUGGGGUUGCCACAAGAAGCAUGCCUUUGAGAGUUGCAUCCACCAUGAUGAACUUUAGGGCAUUGUUAUUGUGGUUCAUCCUGAAGCGUGCCAAUGUUUAAUUCCUUGACAUUAAAGACCAAACUUAAUAAGAAUCUGUUAAUCUCUGCUGUAGCAGCACUUGGCAUAUAUUGAAUGUUGUCUUCAUAAUAAAGUGUUAGCAGUAUUAUUGCAUUUUGUGUACCUGUUAAUACCGCCAUGCAUACUGCUAAAGCCCUGGAGGAAAGAAGCAUCCAUAUGCCAAAAAUUUGUACUUGAAAAUGCACUUAUCGUAAUCUUACCUUCCGUAUCCAUAUGUUAUAUUAACCGCUCAUUCAGUAUUUAGACCUUCAGAUAUGACUGCUAGCUAGCUUACUCAGAUUGAUGCAAAUUCAGCAAAAGAAAUGAAUUUUCCAGUAUGUGUUUAUAUAAUCAUAAUGGUUGGUUAUGGUAUACAAGUAUGGUAAGUAAAGAGCUGGGCUGUAAACUUCAAGAACAGAGAGGAUAACUGUGAUUUGUGAAGGCCAAAUUUGAUCUAUCUAGUUUACACUUUUUGAAUGAGAGUAUUAAAACAAAAGAGUGAUCACGAUUCAAUCUUGUCGGCUGCCCUGCGACAUCCGGAUUGCUGCAGAAGAGCCGCGGGAAUCAACUCACUGGAAUAGCAUAGGCUUAAUUCUAAUAUUGUUUCCUUCUGUAUAGAAAGAUAUUUUCUUCUGCCCGUCAGUCUCUUCUGCUGACAGAGAACAGCUCCUGUCAAAUCACCGCGAGCGACAAACUUUUAUAAAACUAGUUCUCACAUCCCUUCUCGAUCGGACAGGCGAGGAAGAUCAAGAAAAUUUGGCUCACACAAGAACCCUAGACAGGAAAAGAAUAUUUAACAUUUUUGUGCAAAAUAAGAGCUGAUGGUGACACAGUGAAAUAAAGGCUGGGAAGGGAGAGAGUUUUCCUACUUAUAUUAUAGAACUUUCCUACUUGUAUGCAAAUUUUGAUAGAACUGCAGCCGCUUGAUCUCCACCUAACAAGAAAUAAGGAUGCCUCAGGGCUGCUGCAGCAGAUAAACGCCCCCUUCGCAUGAAUCCUCUCUCCGAAAUAAGUUUUGUGGCCAAAUCCCAUCCUCUGCCGGAAUCCAGAUCCAGAAUGCUAAGGUCAGGUCGUGUCCUAGUUCUCUCACGCCAUUUUUUCAAGUUAUAACCGUAUGUUUUCAGCUCUGUAUUGAAAUUUUUCAAACCCGCCGGAGACCUCAAGGUUGGAACUGCCAUUUGCAUGAGCACGAUUCCAGCAGAAUACAUGUCGAAAAGAUCAGGACUGUUUAGCUG